GAAUCCCUUCAAAACCUCUUCCCUUCCUCAUCUUAUCCUCCUCCUGAAAAUUGGUCAAAAAACCAAUCCCUCCUCUCUUAUCACAUAUUCCUUCUUAUCAUCUUCUCCAUUCCCUCUAGAAUCAGAGGUCACCCUGCCCAUAGUCUUUGACACCCUUUUCCCAACCUCUAGAAUUUUCUUCUGCAUAUAAUAACCUCCUACCACAAAGGCACAAACACACCAUAUCCAUUAUCCAGCAGAGUCAAACACCCUACCCCUUCCUUUCAAAGCUUGAAUAUUUGUUGCUCUUACCUGAAAAAAACAACUUGGAUUAUUUCUUUGUUCAUCCAUAACAUAUGCAGUUAUGUAUGAUUGAGAGACAGACCAACACAAAUGUCUUCUGCAGUAAUCUGUGAGAUCCUCCUAUCUGGCUUAACAAUCAACUCAACCCUCAGGCGCAGAACCCACUUGGUGCAAUCUUUCUCUGUUGUUUUCCUCCACUGGUUCUACGUUUUCUCAUGAACUAAAAACCUCAUCUCUUUCCACAAAAAAACACCAUUUUUUGCCUCUCUUUUCCCCCCAGAACACAACAUCUUCAAUCAAAUCUAAUUAAUAAAACUAGGUAGAAAAUUAGUGUUACUGCAUAAUUAUACAGCAGAGUUAGAUAUAUAGGUAAGUGGUAAUUCGUAAUUAGCGCAUAUGGCUUCUCCUGGUGGAGCUUAUUCAGGUGGUUCUAGCUCUCUUCAGAACUCUGCCUCUGGUUCUGAGGGAGAUCAUCAUGUCAUGGAUCAGAAGAAGAGGAAGAGAAUGCAGUCCAAUAGGGAAUCUGCAAGAAGAUCAAGGAUGAGGAAGCAGGAACACUUGGAGGGUAUGAGUGCCCAAGUGGAACAGCUCAAGAAGGAGAACAACCAGAUCAGCACAAACAUAGGGGUAACAACCCAGAUGUACCUGAAUGUUGAGGCUGAGAAUGCAAUCCUCAGGGUUCAGAUGGCAGAACUCAGCAACAGGUUGCAGUCCCUAAAUGAGAUCAUACAUUACAUUGAAUCAAGCAACAACUACCUCUUUCAUGAGGCUCAGGAGACUCAGUUCAAUGAUUGUGGCUUUAUGGACACAUGGAAUUCUCUGGCUGUCAAUCAAUCAAUCAUGGCCGCUGCUGACAUGUUAAUGUAUUGAUUGAUUGAUGAGAGUUUUGAUUCCAAAUUAGGAGUGAUGGUUGUUUCUUGGUGCUAAUUGAUUGUAUUGUAACACCCCCUGUUUGUCUCUAGUGUUUGUUUGUUUUGGUUUUAUCUUUCUGUAAUGUCAAUUACUGUCAUUUAUAUUUUAUCAGACAUAUUAAGAGUUUUGUGUAUUAUGAAAGGGGAACUUUUCAUUCACUUUUUGUCAAUAAAAGAAAUGUCAAGCUUUUAAUUUCCAUA